CCACUUGCUGCUCGGCGCGGGAGGCGGGGAGCGGCGCGAGCCCCGCGGUGCAGGGGCGGCUGCCCCAGCCCCGCCAUGACCCCAGCAGUGUGCGGGGUGCUCCUGGGCCUGGCCUUGUACGCUGGCAGCCUGUGUGUGCUGAGCUGCACCGCUUUGGUCUACCACGACUACUGCAUCAUUGGGGCAGGACCCUCGGGCUUGCAGGCAGCGUAUUUCCUCCAACGAGCCGGCCGAGACUACGUCGUCUUUGAGCGGAGCCACGCUCCCGGCAGCUUCUUCGCCCUCUACCCUCGCCACCGCAAGCUCAUCAGCAUCAACAAGCGCUACACGGGCAAAUCCAACAGCGAGUUCAACCUGCGCCAUGACUGGAACUCUCUCCUCAGUCACGACCGCCGGCUGCUUUUCCGGCACUACUCGCGUGACUUCUACCCCAACGCUGACGAGAUGGUGCGUUACCUGGAGGACUUUGCUUCCCUGCUGAAGCUGCGGGUUCAGUACAACACGGCCAUCAUCCAUGUCACGCUGGAGAGGGAUGAGCAGGCCUGGAAUGGGCACUACUUCAUCCUGACUGAUCAGGACAGGCGGAACUACAAGUGCAGCUGCCUGUUGGUUGCCACUGGGACAUGGGUCCCCAACGUGGUAAACUUCCCUGGCUCCGAAUACGUUGAGGGUUACGAGACUGUGUCCACCAACCCUGAGGAUUUCACUGGGCAAACAGUGUUGAUCUUGGGUCGAGGGAACUCGGCCUUUGAGACAGCAGAGAACAUUCUGGGCGUCACGAAUUUCAUCCACAUGGUGAGCCGGUCCCGCGUGCGCCUGUCGUGGGCCACCCACUACGUCGGGGAUCUGAGAGCAAUCAACAAUGGCCUGCUGGACACAUACCAGCUAAAAUCUCUGGAUGGGCUUUUGGAGGGUGACUUGGAAGACCUGGCUAUCAUCAAGGACAAGAAAGGGAAGUUACACAUCACGCUUCGGUUCUACCUGGAGAACAGUAACAUCAGUGCAGGCAUUGACUCCAUCACCCUCCCGCAGGAUGAACUGGAUAAUUUUGCCCCCCGCGCACCUUACGACCGUGUCAUCCGCUGCCUGGGGUGGAAGUUUGACUUCUCUAUCUACAACAGAUCCCUUAAAAUGAUGCCAGGGAAAGGAGACAAAAAGAAGUAUCCUGAGAUCAAACCCAAUUACGAGUCCACAAGCACCCAAGGGCUCUUUGUUCUUGGCACUGCUAGCCAUUCCAUUGACUUCAGGAAAUCUGCUGGGGGCUUCAUCCAUGGAUUCCGGUAUACAACUCGUGCAGUUCACCGCCUACUGGAAAAGCGUCACCAUGGUGUCCCCUGGCCAUCCACAGUCUACCCUGUUACACAGCUGACCAAUUCCAUCAUCAAGAGGGUGAACGAGGCCUCGGGCCUCUACCAGAUGUUCAGUGUCCUGGCUGACAUCAUACUGCUGAGAGAGAAUGCCACAGCAUUUGAAUACCUGGAAGAGUACCCAGUUGGAAUCCUGGCUGACCUGGAAAUGCAGACAGGGAGAAAGGCUCCCAGUGGGCUGUUUGUCGUCAUCAUGGAGUAUGGGAAAAAUUUCUCUGGGGCUGACAAGGAUGUCUUCUACUACAACCGAGCUGUGGGAGAGGCACAGCAUGCCUGGCAGUCCAACUUUUUGCACCCUGUUAUUUACUUUUACAAACACCUCCCAACAGAGCUUGAAAUGAAACUUCGGCCCCCAGAUUGGCCUCUCCCUCGCCCUGAUGCCAUCCAUCACAUUGUGGAGGACUUUCUGACAGACUGGACGGCUCCAAAUGCUCACAUCCUGCCCUUGAGGCGGUUUUUGGAGAACUGCCUCAGCACGGACCUGCGCAAUUUCUUUGCAGAGUCCUGUUUCCUGUUUGCCUUCACCCGUCAGAAGCUGCCUCCCUUCUGUCGUCAGGGCUACAUGAGAAUGCAAGGUCUGGAGGGGAGCGAGGGGCUCUGGCGCCAUGCCGUAGAAGCUGGCCUGCUGCAGGAUUACAGCAUCACAGACUUCAUGGGUGACAGACCCCCUGACAGCCACAAAGGGUCACAGGACCAACUGCUGAGAGAUCAUGUCAUAUCGGUUCGUCCGCUGCAGCAUCUCGUUAAUGCCAAGGAUGAGCUUUAACCUUUCUCACUCCACACUGAAACUCGAAGGUGCUGUUGUGACAAUACUGUAACAGAGAUCCGCAGCAGGAUUCUGCCCUGCCCCAUGCACCUUCUCCAUCCUCAUGUCUUCCACUGAUCAUGAGUUGCCAAAGACCUGCUCAGAUCUUGCUGUUACAAAGAGGACCAACGUGCUUUAAAUGAUAAGCAAGGGGCUAAAAUCCAGCUAUGCUGAGGCUCCCGUGUUAUCCUUGCAGAGUUCAGAGUCGCUUGAAGACGGUGUUGGUGUUUAUCUCAUGGAUCAGUACCAGCAGUGACUUCCAGGGGUCACAGAAGAGAGUGCAGGAUCGGCUGCGUAA